AUGAGAGUAGUGACGUCGACGUCGGCUUUAGUCUUGCUUGCAUGCACCAUACUGUCCGCUGCCCAGGACUUGGACGCCAAAGCGCGCGACAUUGUGGAACGUAUGAGCGUGGACCAGUUGCUGGGUCAAAUGACGCAGAUCACCAUUGACUUCGUGCUUGCCACACAAGACGGAGGCAAGGUGGUCAACGUGGGAAAAGUCCACGAAUUGGCCAACCAAGGCAUCGGAUCGUACCUAAACACGCCGUUCGUGGCAGCUCUUGGGGACAACUACGGGUGGAACGUGCAUGAGUGGCGCCAUGCCAUCGGCCAACUCCAAGAUGUCCACAUCCGCACGACCGGUACACCCAUCAUCUACGGACUGGACUCGCUCCACGGCGCCAACUACGUCAAAGGCGCCGUUCUGUUUCCCCACCAAAUCAACGUUGGCGCGACGUUCGAUCCCGAGCUGGCCCGUCGAAUGGGCCAUUACGCCGGCCGCGACACCAAGGCGGCGGGGAUUUCGUGGAUCUUCGGUCCGACCUUGGAACCUGUGCGCCACAAGGGGUGGCCACGCAUCAUGGAAACGUUUGGCGAAGAUCCGACGGUGGUUGCGGACAUGGGGAAAGCAGCGAUCGAUGGCAUCCAGAGCCAGGGGGUGGCGGCCUGCUUCAAACACUUCAUCGGGUACUCGGCCAGCAACAGCGGCAAGGACCGCGACCCGGUGUCCCUGAGCAACCACGAACUGCUCAACUUGUUCAUGCCGCCGUUCAAAGCCGCGAUCGAUGCGGGGGUGAUGAGCGGUAUGGACUCGUUCGUGUCGUUGGAUGGCAUCCCCAUGGCUGCCAACCGCAAAAACUCCAUCCAGUUCCUCCGCGACGACCUCAAGUUUGACGGUGUACUGGUCAGCGAUUGGGAAGAAAUCUACAUGUUGGAGUUCUACCACAACUAUGCCGCGAAUCGCGAGGACGCCAUAUACAAAGCCAUGACGGACUCGUCCUUGGACAUGAGCAUGGUGCCGCACGAUACGAGUUUCAUCGGACACAUGAAGGACUUGUACUACGCUGGGAAAAUUCCCCUCGACCGCAUCAAGACAUCGGUGACCCGCCUCGUCAAGAUGAAGCUCAAGCUCAACCUUUUCGACGUGCCGAUGCCGGGGGCCGAUGUCGUCAACCAGGUGGGCGACUGGUCGAGUCGGGCGGCGGCGUGGGACAUUGCCAAGGAGUCGUUGGUGUUGGUGAAGAAUGUGGACAAUGUUUUGCCGCUGGACAAGUCCAAGAAGUUCUUCUUCACGGGCCCAUCGAUCGACGACAUUGGACUCAUGUGUGGUGGCUGGACCUUGACGUGGCAAGGCCAGCAAGGCAGCUCCAUGUUCCCCAAUCAUUGGCGCACGAUCAAGGGCGCAAUGACAGAUGUCGUGAACGAUCAGUCCCGCACUGACAUGGAAGAAGGGUUGAACACCAUGUCGCUGAAUUGA